AUGCCGCGUCCCAGCAUUGCCGAAGAAGCACCAGAGCCAGAUACAUCGCAGGCUACCGUACCCGCCAGCCAACAACUAUACUCUGACGCAUCAAGCUCCUACUGGCCACCAGGUUGGAAUUACAGUCGCUUUCGACAUGCUACUCAGGAAGAUGUGGCCUCGCUUCCUGUCGACGAGCUACUCAAGAUGCAGGCUGGUUUGCGUGACGUGCUUGGGGAAGACGGCGUGGGUCAACUGGCGGUGCACGUGUACGAGGAGCAGCAGCGUGAUGCCGAGCGAUCUGGCGCUGAGCUGGCCAAGGAGGAGGCGGAGAGACCGGAUGUCGAGUACAUAUAA